AUGGCUCAAAACUCCAUUCGUAGGAAGGCAGUCAUCGUCGGAGAUACCGCAUGCGGGAAGACAAGUUUAAUUCUCGCUUUGAUUCAAGGCGAAGUCCCAUACAUACAUGUUCCAACUGUAUUCGAAAACUACGUUGCUGAGCUCGAAAUCGACCAACGUCUUGUCGAACUCGGACUUUGGGACACUGCGGGCCAUGAGGACUAUGACCGACUCAGGCCCUAUUCUUAUCCGGGAUCUCACACUGCUCUCAUAUGUUUCUCCGUUGACUCCCCGGAGUCCCUCGAGAAUGUUGAAACGAAGUGGAUUUCUGAAAUCAAGACUUGUUGCGCCGAUGUGCCUGUAAUACUCGUUGGGUGUAAAGUGGACCUGCGGAAGGAUCAACGAAUCGUUAGCCAGCUCGCCAAUUUCAAUCAACAUCCAGUAACUACAGAGGAGGGUAUCGAAAUGGCCAAAAAAAUUCAGGCCAAGUACUAUUUCGAAACCUCCGCGACGUCACGCUUGUGCGUCAACGAAAUAUUUGAAUAUACAAUGAGGACGGCAAUGCGUUACGUGGAGACCAGGCAUGCGAAGAAGAAAAGAGAUUCAUGCAUUUUCAUGUAA